AUGCAGUUUAAACAUAAUAUUGGUGAUAUUGACAACUCAUAUUUCCUUCAUUACUUCUCUUCCUGGCUUGCUUCCUUCGUUGCUGACUCCACACUUCCCAUACCCGGUCCCUCGAUCCUCCAUAUACAUCAAGGCUUAGCUGGCUGCGGUGCAAUGCUUGUACAUGAUCGCGAGAACCAAUCGAGUUUCCUUUAUGACUUUGGUUGUCCGGCGCCUAAUAGCUCAUCGACGAUGGAUGACCCAAACUUAGUAUCGAGUCUGGUCGGCGUUCCAGGUCUUGUAGCUGGCCUCAAAGUCGUUCAUACUCAGUUUGGUGCUCUUGCUUGGGCCGACCUCUUUCAUGCUGCUAAGCGAGCUGUUCUGGAUGGCUUUCAGGUCUGUUGA